AUGUCAGGCCAGCCUGCCGCUUUUGCCGAGCCUCCUUUGGCAGAGGCUUCGACUGUCGACAGUCGAAACCCAAUAUCCCCACGCCAUCGUCGAGUUCACACAAGUUUAGAAACAGAUUCUGCACACAAUGAUGCCGAGACCAUCAACUUGACAAAAUCACAACCACCGUCAGUUUCUGCCAAGUCAGCAACAACACACUCUGGUGACAAGAUGGCUGAAAUAAAGAACGUUUCGCACCCGUUCGACGUCCACGGCGUGAUCGUCCCGGACAUCAUCCAGAGAGACCACUUCGGUCCCCUGCACUUCGGCCCCGUUCGCGGACCUUUCGUCUUUCUCCAACUGCUGGCUCAGGUCAUGAUGGGUGUCUGGCCAAUGCUUGCAUUCAUCACCGUCCCCUUCAUGGCCUUCGCCAUGGCCCUGGUCUAUGCCCAAGGUGUUACACUUCUUCUCGCCUAUGCUCGUCUUCACGCAAGUAUCCUCCGAGGCUAUGCUCACCGCGUCUUUGGCCCGCUCCGCUUCUUGUUCGUCUUGGGUCUGUUUACCAUGAUGGGCUCCGUCACUAUGGCAUGGUACCUAGUCUUCACCACAUUCUACUGGCUGGGUUUGGCCAACUGCUGUACUGCAAUCUACUGGAUCUGUUGGCUCUGGAUUCGACACAAUGCGAUCAAAAUAGGCCGCCCUGAGUUCGAUGACAUAGUGGUAAGUUCCAUUAAGGCAGCUCGUCUGGUUCGUGAGAAGCUGUCUUUCGAUGCCGCCAGUCUCGUGCUCUUUGCUGGCUCCGGUGGCCACACUAGAGAGAUGAUCAACAUCAUGGAGUCGUACGCACCGUGGGACAAAUCUACUUACCGCCUCUGGCUCAUCAGCGAGGGUGACGCAUAUUCCAGGUCUGAGAUCCAACGUUUCGAGGAUAGACGUGCGGCCCUCAAGAGACGCCAGGGGGUGUUUCCUGGUCCAUUCAUCAUCCACGAGAUCGCGCGGGCCCGAUACGUCCACCAGAGCUUCUUGACGUCCCCUUUCACCGCCCUCCUCUCGGCAUUCGACGCUUACGGAGCCCUCACCAGAGGUCUUCCGUUCACUCUCCGCGAAAGUCCGCUCUACUUUCCCGAGGUCAUCUGCCUCAACGGCCCCGGUUCUGCCCUCGUCCUCGCACUGGUCUCGCACAUUCUCAAGCUAGUCGGCGUGAUUCCUGUUGAUCGAUGCCGAGUCAUCUACGUCGAGACCUUCACCCGCGUGCGCGCGUUGAGCAUGACCGGCAAGAUCAUGUACCACCUCGGCCUUGCGGAUGCCUUCAUCGUGCAGCACACUGAUCUGAUCAAGAAGUACGGUCUCCACUGCGAGGUGCUCUUUACCGCGCGCCAGGCAGCGAUCACGGCCACCGAAAACUAA